UGUGGGCCGAGGCGGCCGGGCCUGCGGGCGGCGCCGAGCCGCUGUUUCCGGGCUCCCGGCGGAGCCGCAGCGUGUGGGACGCCGUGCGCCUGGAGGUGGGCGGCCCCGACAGCUGCCCGGUGGUGCUGCACAGUUUCACGCAGCUCGACCCCGACCUGCCGCGCCUGGAGAGCUCCACACAGGAGAUUGGCGAGGAGCUGGUCAACGGCGUCAUCUACUCCAUCUCCCUGCGCAAGGUUCAGGUGCACCACGGCGCCAACAAGGGCCAGCGCUGGCUCGGGUAUGAAAAUGACUCGGCCCUGAACCUGUAUGAGACCUGCAAGGUGCGGACCGUGAAGGCAGGCACGCUGGAGAAGCUGGUGGAGCACCUGGUGCCCGCCUUCCAGGGCAGCGACCUCUCCUAUGUCACCAUCUUCCUGUGCACCUACCGAGCCUUCACCACGACCCAGCGGGUCCUGGACCUGCUGUUCCAAAGCAGGUACGGUAGAUGUGACGCCCUCACGGCCUCCUCUAGAUACGGGUGCAUCCUCCCUUAUUCCAGCGAGGACGGCGGACCUCAGGACCAACUGAAAAAUGCCGUCUCCUCCAUCCUGGGCACCUGGCUGGACCAGUACUCCGAGGACUUCUGUCAGCCCCCGGACUUCCCAUGCCUCAAGCAGCUGGUGGCCUACGUGCAGCUCAACAUGCCCGGCUCCGACCUGGAGCGCCGCGCCCACCUUCUCCUGGCCCAGCUGGAGCGCACAGAGCUCACCAAGGCAGAGCCGGAGGCUCUGGCUCCAGCUCUGAAGCCGACUGCAGCCCUCGAGCCAGUGCCGGCUCCAGCUCUAGCGCCCAGGCCGGUGCCAGGUCCAGACCUCGAGCCAGCUCUGGCACCAGCACCAGCUCCAGCCCCAGAGCCUUCCUGGCCUUUGCCCGUGGCUGCAGAGAACGGGCUGGGUGAGGAGAAGCCUCACCUCCUGGCGUUCCCGCCCGACCUGGUGGCAGAGCAGUUCACGCUGAUGGACGCGGAGCUGUUCAAGAAGGUGGUGCCCUACCACUGCCUGGGCUCCAUCUGGUCCCAGCGGGACAAGAGGGGCAAGGAACACCUGGCUCCCACCGUCCGUGCCACCGUCGCCCAGUUCAACAGUGUGGCCAACUGCGUCAUCACCACCUGCCUCGGGGACCGAAGCGUGACGGCCCGCGCCAGGGCCCGGGUGUUGGAGCACUGGAUCGAGGUGGCCCGGGAGUGCCGGGUCCUCAAGAACUUUUCGUCCCUCUACGCCAUCCUCUCUGCUCUGCAGAGCAACUCCAUCCACCGGCUGAAGAAGACGUGGGAAGAAGUUUCCAGGGACAGCCUCCGCAUCUUUCAGAAGCUGUCAGAGAUUUUCUCAGAUGAGAACAACUACUCCCUAAGCAGAGAGCUGCUCAUCAAGGAGGGGACCUCCAAGUUUGCCACCCUGGAGAUGAACCCCAAGAGAGCCCAGAGGCGGCCGAAGGAGGUGUUGUCACAGGGUGUCAUCCAGGGCACCGUCCCCUACCUGGGCACAUUCCUCACAGACCUGGUGAUGCUGGACACUGCAAUGAAGGACUAUCUGUAUGGGAGACUGAUCAACUUCGAGAAGAGGAGGAAGGAGUUCGAAGUGAUCGCCCAGAUCAAGCUGCUGCAGUCGGCUUGCAACAAUUACAGCAUCGCAGCCGAAGAGCACUUUGGGGCCUGGUUCCGGGCUAUGGAGCGGCUCAGCGAGGCUGACAGCUACUCCUUAUCGUGUGAGCUGGAGCCCCCUUCCGAGUCGGCCAGCAACACCCUCAAGGUCAAGAAGAACACGGCCAUCGUCAAGCGCUGGAGCGACCGCCAGGCCCCCAGCACGGAGCUCAGUACCGGCAGCAGCUGCCACUCCAAGUCCUGUGACCAGCUCAGGUGCGGCCCCUACCUCAGCAGCGGGGACAUUGCCGACGCACUGAGUGUCCACUCGGCCGGCUCCUCCAGCUCCGAUGUGGAGGAGAUCACCAUGAGCUUUGUCCCAGAGUCCCCUGACGGCCAGGAGAAGAAGUUCUGGGAGUGCACCUCCCAGUCGUCCCCGGAGACCUCCGGCAUCAGCUCGGCCUCCAGCAGCACCUCGUCCUCCUCAGCCUCCACCACGCCCGUGGCCACCACGCGCACCCACAAGCGCUCCGUGUCAGGGGUCUGCAGCUACAGCUCCUCCCUGCCCCUCUACAACCAGCAGGUGGGCGACUGCUGCAUCAUCCGGGUGAGCCUGGACGUGGACAACGGCAACAUGUACAAGAGCAUCCUGGUCGAGGCAGCAGGGCUCGGUCUGCACUCUCCACCACUGCAGCCUCCAGCCAGUGGAGGCCUGGCACAUAGGCGGCCACUGGGCAUCCAGCCAGCUGCUCCUCUCUCACCUCCAGGGCUGGGACUAGAUGCCGUCUGUACCCAGGUGACCAGCCAGGACAAGGCUCCAGCUGUCAUCCGCAAAGCCAUGGACAAACACAACCUGGAUGAGGAUGAGCCAGAGGACUACGAGCUGGUGCAGGUUAUUUCGGACGAUCGAAGAUUUCCAGCAACUCUAGGAUUUUCUGCAACUCUUCACACAAUUGAUUUCACCCAGAAACUCACUAGAAGGCGUCCUGCCUCUCUCUGUCCGGCAUGUGGUGGCCACUCAUCUGGGCUGGCGUCUGAUGAAUCCCGGCAAGGGAGAGAAGUACCGCGUUGCAGCACUGUCCAGGCCCAGAGGAGGCUCCUGAGAGCAGACCCAGCAGGUAGAAACACUUACAGAAGUCACGUGCGUGCAGAGCAGGGAUACAUUGCAUCCUUGGGCUCCAUCGGCCGAGAGCAGGGCUAGUGACCAGGAGAGCCCACGCCGCAGCGAGGGGCUGUCUCCUUCCGUCCUUUACACCCGACCAGGCCAGGAAGCCCAGAGCCGCCAAGGUGGUCACAGGCCAGCCCGGGGUGACCCCUGCUCCUCGGGGGGCCAGGUUUGCCCCCUGUUCAGCUCUGCUGCGUGGGGCUGCAGGACUCGCUGCCCGGGCUCAGCCUUCCAUCUGUUGCUGGAGAGGGAGGGUGGCCGGCUGACCCCCGGUGCUACUGCACCCACUCCCCCCACCCCCCGCCCCCAGGCUGAGCUGCUCAGGACUCCGGAAUCUCUGAUCCCUCACCCCCACCCCACAGUGACUGAAGAAUGGAGGGGAGCGGGGAGAGGAAGCCCCAGCAUUGUUGCAAGCACUGGCUGUGGAGUGUCUGGGUUUGAAUCUUGCUCUGAUGACCUUGGGCAUGUGCCUGGGCUAGACUCCCAGAGGUGGAGAUGACCCCGACUCUGACCUCUGCCUCCUCCCCCCCCGACUCUGCCAGAGACAUCGGGCGCUGCCCAACGCCCAGUUCUCUUGCACCCUUUGCUUCUGAUCCUUCCAGUGCAAUGCUUUACCCUCUCACUGACUCGCCUCCAGCUGGAGGCAGACUGUAGUUAGAACACAGAGGCCCCUGCCCGCACCCCACAGGACCUGGCCGUGGCUGGGCUCCACUGGUCCAGAGGCGGCCACCGCCUGCAGAGCCCCGCCCCUCGGAGCCAGCAGCCUUGUGUGGAGGGAUCCACGCCAGAAUCCUAGCCCUGGCCCUGACGCUUCACUUCUUUGAACCUGUUUCCUCCUCUCCAAACUGAGGAUGGUCCUGU